CUCCAUUGCUGUGCAUAUUAAUGAGGCGCGAGGUCUCUUUUUAAAACGCUGCGGCUCGGAGCGCACAGUCAGAUCUUUGGAGAGUCUGUGGUGGAGUCACGUCAACCUGCUCACUGCUGUCAUCUCCUGAGACAAACAACACACGGAAGUGUAAAGUAGACCGGUUAAGUCACAACACAUUGACUUUUUUCCGAGGCAGGAUACUAAAAAUUGUAGAGUUUUGGUGAAGAGAAGCCCAGGCGUCGGAGCUCCUCAACGUGAACUGGGAUGAAUCGCUGCACAGCUGCGUUACUUCUGCUGGUCAUUGCACUUUAUUCGCUGAACACAGAAGCAUACAAAUGCAGAUGCACCAGGAAAGGCCCCAAGAUACGAUACAAAGACGUUCAAAAACUUGAAAUUAAGCCUAAACACCCUUUCUGCCAGGAGAAGAUGAUAUUCGUCACCAUGGAGAAUGUGUCCCGUUUCAAAGGUCAGGAAUACUGCCUGCACCCCAGACUGCAGAGCACCAAGAACCUGGUGAAAUGGUUUAAGAUCAUGAAGGACAAGCACAAGGUAUACGAAGCCUAAAAUAUCUAAAAUGCCAUAGUGUUACAGAGCUACAGAGGUUAAAAUUUCUGUGGAAUGUACAAAACCACCAGUGCAUCUGUGGAUCAGCAGAGGACCGGUUUCCAAGCUUACCAAGCACAAGACCCUUUCUUCAGGAACAAUGUGUAGGAAGACAUGUGUAAAAAAAACAAAAAAAAAACAACUCACAUUUCAAACGUAAUUAUGGUCCAAAACAAGCACUAUGUAUUUAUUAAAAGUGUUACACUUGCAAAAAAAAAAAAAAAAAAAGACUGAGUAAGAAAGUCUGUGAGAAUCAGAUUUAGAUGCAAGUGAUCAUUGCCUUUUCAGGUGAAAUGCUUUUACUCCUCAUAUAGGCUUCUCAUUUCUUUUUGGUCUGAUUCAUUGUGUUGUGGUAUUUAAAAUGGUUCUACCGCAAAUGUUAUUUAACUACCUGAGAGAAGCCAUACAACAGUGUAUAGUAAUGUGCUGUCCAGAUCGUUUAAACAACAUAGAGUUCUACAGGGGCUUUUCACUUUCCAAGUCAUUGUCCAUACAUUAAUACAGACCAUAUGUUAUUUUGAUAUCUCAGUAAAGCUAGUUUCAUAUGUGGUGAUAUAGCGCACAACCAUAUUUAAAAUGAGAACAUGUCUGUAAAUAUAUGUUUACUGUGUGCCAUACCACUAUACAACAGUUAAGAUGAGACAAAAAGGUAUUCUGUGCAAAACAGGUACACUGACUGACAAGUGUGUGCUCAAUUACGCACAUUUGCUAAACCAUCCAUUUAACCAUGAACAGCUCUGCACAUCUACAUACUAUAGAGAGUUAUUUAAAAGCUCAUCUAGUUUACGCUCAAUAUCUGAGGCAACGUGUGCCACUCCUCUUCACUUCUUCUUUCAUACACUUCUGAGGUUUAACCUCUUCAUUCUCACAUUUCCAAAAAAUGAGUGUGUGAAAUUUGGGGCCUAAAGUAAGUCUGUUUGUUUACCUAAAUCUUUGUAUUCGAUUCUAGCCAAUCCAUCUUGGCUUAACUUUUCCAUCAUCAUUCCAUGGUCUACAUGAGCCUCUUCUAUAAGGUUUUUUUUUUUAUUACUCAGGCUUAUUUGGUAUGACAAGUCUGAUAGGUUAUUUCCACUGAAUGGAAGGUUGUUUAAAUCACAUGUAUGAAAAGGUGUUUAUCUUGUUAAUAUGGAACAUUUGGCCUAGAUGAUUUGUGUAGAAUUUCAUAGUAGAAUUAUACAGUAUGUUCUAUUAUAAAGAUGUUUCGCUAUUUAAAUAUAAAAUAACAGAACUAUUUCAUUCUUUGUGUUUGGGUUUACCCACCCAACACUGCUUCAUUUGCAUUCCAAGGAGUGUAAUGUACAAGCACAGCAAUAAAGAUAUUUAAAUGACUCUUA